UUAUAUGGACUUCCAAAAUUUCACAAAGAAGGGGCACCACUCAGGCCCAUCGUCAGCAGCAUUAACUCAGUAACAUACAACAUUGCUAAACAGCUUACUAAUAUCUUAGCUCCCUUGGUGGGGAACACACCACAUCACAUAGAAAACUCCAAAGACUUUGCCAACAAAGCCAAACAUUUAAGGAUGGCUCCAGGAGAAACCUUGGUAUCGUUUGAUGUUACUUCACUUUUCACAUGCAUACCUAUAACAGAGGCAGUGGAAACAGUCAGGACACGUCUUGAACAAGAUAGUGAUUUAAACAACAGGACUAAUUUCACUCCGGACCAGAUCUGCACACUACUGGGCCUUUGUCUUUCCACAACCUAUUUCAAAUUCAGAGGUAAUUUUUACAGACAGAAGCAUGGCUGCGCAAUGGGAUCUCCAGUAUCACCAAUUGUAGCCAAUCUUUACAUGGAAGAAAUGGAAAAGAGAGCUUUAGACACUUUCAAUGGAACACCACCAAGCCACUGGUUUAGAUACGUGGAUGACACUUUCGUCAAAAUCCAACUAGAGGAAGUGGAAGCUUUCACCAAACACAUCAACUCUGUUGACCGUAACAUCAAAUUCACCAGAGAGGAUGCCAAGGACAACAAACUACCCUUUCUGGACUGCCUGGUGAGCAUGGAAGGAGAUGGAAGCCUAAACAUUGAAGUGUAUAGGAAACCUACUCACACAGACCAGUAUCUUCUUUUUGACUCACACCACCCACUGGAACACAAACUCUCAGUCAUCAGAACCUUACAACACCGGGCAGAACAUGUCCCUACUAAAACAGAUGGGAAGCAAAAAGAACAGAAACACAUCAAAGAUGCUCUCCGAAACUGUGGAUAUCCAAACUGGGCUUUUAUCAAAUCAGCAAGGAAAUCCAAAAGACACGCAACAGAAGACAGCGAUGGGAAAAUUAAACGCAAAAACAUCACAAUCCCUUAUGUUGCUGGAGUGUCUGAAAAGCUCAAGAGGAUUUUCUCCAAACACAAGAUCCCAGUACAUUUCAAGCCAAACCAAACCCUUAAACAGAGGCUAGUGCAUCCUAAAGAUAAAACCCCCAGACCGAAUAUGAGCGGAGUGGUAUAUGCUGUUCAGUGCAGCGAGGAAUGCUCUGAUCUUUAUAUUGGCGAAACAAAACAACCUCUCCACAGACGCAUGGCCCAACACAGAAGAGCGGCCGCCUCUGGACAAGACUCCGCAGUACACCUACACCUUAUGGACAAAGGACAUUCUUUUGAGGACCAGAAUGUCCAUAUUCUGGAUAAAGAAAAUAGGUGGUUUGAGAGGGGCGUGAAGGAAGCCAUCUAUGUUAAGAGAGAAAAACCAACUUUAAACAGAGGUGGUGGA